CCGAGAAAUACAUGGGGCUCGGGCGCGACGGAUCAGCGGCGUUUAAGUGCCUGCCACCCGCACGCACGCCUCUCGACGCCAGCAGCCCGAUCGCUUCACGCGGUCGUGUUCCGCACGCCGCCGCUAAUGCCUACCAUGAGCAAGCUCGCCGGCGGCGCCGGGGGGCCGCCGGGCUGGGGCUGUGGCUGGGCCGACCUCCCGCGCGACCUCCUCGAGUCCGUCCUCGGACGCCUCCCCGUGCCGGACAGCCUCCGCUUCCCCGCCGUCUGCGCCGCAUGGCAGUCGGCCGCCGGCGCCGCCGCGGGGCCUCAGGCCGCGCUGUCCCCGUGGCUCAUGCUGCCCUUCAACCCGACCGCGCGGCGGGGCGGUGGUGACGCCAAGUUCGCGGAGGCGCGGUUCCUGAGCCUGGCGGAGGGCAGGGCGUACGCCAUCCGGCAGCCGGCGCCCGCCGCCUCGGACCGCGUCUGCGUCGGCUCGUCGCCCGACGGGUGGCUCGUCACCGCCGACGCCUGCUCGGAGCUGCAGCUCCUGAACCCGGUCACCGGCGCGCAGGUCCAGUUGCCGUCCGUCGCCACGCUCCCGUUCGUCGACGCCAGCCGCGGCGCGGACGGCCGCGUCGUGAGCUACGAGCUCCGGUGCUGCUUCACCGACGACGACGGCUGCGGCGAGGUGCUGAUCCCGCCGGAGACGCUCGCGCCGGACAGGCUCCCGUACGAGGUCUACGAGAAGGCCAUCCUCGUGGCCGCGCCGCGGAGGAUUGCGCCGUCGGGGUCCUGGGGCGGCUACGCCGUGCUGCUCAUCUGCCAGCCCCUGUCCCGUCUCGCCGUCGCGCGGGCAGGGGACACGGAGUGGACUCUGCUCGACACGCCGGCGCGCUGCUGGGUCGACGCCGUGCGCGCGUCCUCCGAGGACGGAGCCGACGGGAGGCAGCGUCGAGCGUUCUACACGAUGGACGCCGCGGGGCGCGUCGAGGCGUGGGACAUGGACGCGACGCCGCCGGCGUCCCGGUCCCGGGCGAUCGCGCCGCCGUGCUGCUGCUCGUCCCUCGCGUGCGCCAUGUCGGCGGCGUGCCGUAGGUACCUCGUGGAGCUCGCGCCGGGGCACCUGCUCCAGGUGCACCGGCUCCGCGGCGCGGCGCACGCGCGGCACACCUGGGAGCCCCGGCCGGAGCGCGUCGAGUACACGACCACCAGCGUCGAGCUCUUCGAGUGGAAGGCCGGCGCCGCCGCUGAAGCAAGGGACCACCUUCCCCGGUGGGCGCAGGUGGACGGCAAGAGCAGCAGCCGCGUCCUGGGCGGGCGCGCGCUGUUCCUGGGGAAGAACACGUCGGUCUGCGCCCCCGUGGACGGCGGCGGGUGCCCCGGGCUGAGGGGCAACUGCGUGUACUUCACCGACGACGGGCCGUGGUCGCACGAGCGGUGCCACGAGGUGGCACCGGACGUGGGCGUGCUGGACCUCGCCGACGGGAGCUACCGGCCGCCGCGCGGCGCGGCGCGGGACCUGCUCUGGAAGUGGCCGCCCCCGGUGUGGGUGUUCCCUUCGCUCGCCGGCUGAUCGACGGCCCGAUCCCAAUCUUGGAAGGUUCCAUGACAAAACAAGUUCUUUUCUAUCAGCUUCCGUCGUCCAGAGAUAUUCCCAGGAACAGCGGCUCAGCUUGUCGUUGAGGUGCUGCCUCCUUAUUUGUGCGUACAACUGCUAGCUACUAGUGUUCUUGUAAAGAAACUUGUUUAAGUUGAAUAAGAAGGCGUGUGAGUGACAGAGGUCAACCUCUCGUUGACCUCGCGCAGCGACACGCUGCUGGGCGUAGAAAAGUCGUUCAAGCUCAUUUCGUACUUCCCUUUCCCUGCAA